AUGCCUGAUCUGUACAGUAAAAAUUAUGCUAUUGUAGAAAUAUUUCCUCAAUAUAAUAAAAUUAUAGAAAGAUAUAAUGAUGUUCCAAAAAGUGAAUUAAAUUAUAAUUGCAAUUCAAUUACAUUACCACCAUUAGAAGGUAUUUAUGUAGACUUUGAUCAAGUAUGCCGACAAUCUAAAUCCUAUUUAAAUGACAUUUAUCAUAACAAGGAUAACACACUGAAAGAGGUUGCUUGCAAGUACUUAUAUUUUUGGAUAUAUGAUAAACAUUUUAAGAAUAAAUAUAGUACGCAUAUCCAAACUAUUUAUGAAGAAUUGAUAGAAAAAUCUGGUUAUUCCAAUAAUAUGUGCCAAAAUUAUAAAAUUAUUGAAUUUACCGAUGUUGAUCUUAUAAAGAUAAAAAGUUUUUAUGAUAUGUAUACAUGCCAUUAUAAAAUAAAAAAUAAUGAUAUAUCUUAUAAACAAGAUGAAUUUUGCCAUGCGUUAAAAAAAAUUAUAGAAGAACAUAACAUACAAAUGGAACCUAAAGAUUGUGGUAAAACUAUAACAAAACAAUUAACACGUGAAAGCAAUAAUAUUAAGGUUCCUAUUAUAAUUACAACUCUUGUAACUUUAUUAAUAUCAUAUUCAUUAUUAUAUGUAUAUAAGGUAAACUAUGAUAUUAUAUAUUUAACCAAACAUUGUACAUGGUUCCAAAGUGCAAUAAAAAUUAUAAAUAAUAAAUUGAAAUAUAAAGCUGAAGAAAGUAAUAUAUAUUUUCCUUCUAAAAUGUCAAAUAGUGCUUCAAGGAGUAGAAUAUAUGAUAUAUUUUAUGAAUCUACUUAA